AUGCCUACUAAGGAGGAAGUGAAACUUCUGCAUGACUUCGUAAAACUUUGCGAAAAUGACCCAUCGAUAUUGCAUCGUCCUGAACUGAAAUUUUAUAAAGAAUGGUUGGAAAGUUUGGGUGCGACAAUUCCUCUAGUUUCUAACGAGGACGACUCUUCCAAAACACAGGCCAAGAUGGAAUCAACUGCCGACGUUAAUCUAAACGAGGAGGAAGAAGAAGAGCCUGAAAGUGAUCUAGACAUAGACGAUUCGGGAGUGAUUAAGGACGAACCUAAGGAAGAACUGCCUAUGGGUGACGAAGAAAAGGAGAUUACCGAAGAGGACAUUGAAAAAUCGAACGAAAAGCGCUCAGCUGCUGCCGCAGCUUUCGAAGAAGGUACAGGAGGUCUUCGACUUCAACUCUGGCAGUUGAAUCUUUGUUUCAUGAUUUGGCGUUUCGAUUUCGACCCCAUUGUAGCAGCUGUAAUGAACUUGUUGAUCCAUGAUGCUAUGCCCUGA